AUGGACGAGGACUUCUCCCCACAGGUGAAGAAGAUGGCCUUGGCCAUAGGCACUUCCCUGCUGGACAAGGAAAGACUGCUGCCCACAGACACCAGAGACCAGGGCUCCUUCAACUACCUCAAGUUCUCUGAGUACAUGAAGGAGUUCCAGGCCAUGGGGCAGCUGGAGAGCGUCAUCCCCAAGGCCUUCCAGACCCUGGACAAGGACAAGAGCUGCUUCAUCAAGUGGAAUGAAAUCAAGUACAUCCUGUACAUCGCCAGCAGUGGGCCUGCCGCCCUGCUGAUGGCCGAGAAGGCUGAGGCCAUAAUCCAGGUGGCCGACAGGAUUGACAGUGAAGAAUUUUUUGAGUUGAUAAAAAAGAAAAUUCCCAAGGAGAAGUAA